GAGGCCAGAGAGAGAGAGAGAGAUAAGAGCAUCCAUCCAUCCUCUCGUCCCUUUAUCAACGGUAACACCCCAUUCCCUCGGUCCUCCCGACACUCCCUUCUCACAUCGCUUAAGGCUCUGCAAGGUUCGAGGAAGGCAGCUAGCGUUUUCGGUGUGUGUAGCAGCUACCAGGAGGCGCAAGGCAGAAUGCGCGAUGGGGCAAGCGUGUGGACACGCGCUCCUCUGCCGUAGCCAGCAGCACCAGUCCGCUGCUUCCGAUAUACGCGGUCAACAAGUAUUCCUGAGGCCAGACGAGACCGCAGCUCUAACCCUGACCGACCGACUACAGGAUGCUUUACUGCGGCUGGCAGGAGUUGUUGACGUGCGCUCACUCCGAGAUGCUCUCAGAGAGACUGUACAGGGGCUACUGCCCAGCGUGGAGUGUGUUUGUGUGUACGUGCUGGAGAGAGACUCGAGGCUGCAGUGUGACGACCCAAGCCAUGAGCUGCCAAAGGAGGGGAAGAUCAGGGAUAUGGUGGGUCAGUUGAAGAGGUGUGUGUGUGCCGGUCUACCUCCCUCAGAGAUGCAUGAGAAAUACAGGAGCAGCCUUGCAGCACCCCUCCCAUCCCACAGACGAGCUGUGGUAAUUCCUCUCCUGGACCAGGAACAAGGAGUUGUCAUCUCAGUCUUACUGGUGGGCUGUAAACCGCUGAGUGAUCAAGACGAACAACACCUCAACACUCUGGAGAAACAUGCAGCUGUAGCGUGUAGGAGGGUACGAACCCUGCAGUCGGCCAAUCAGAAGUCUCUCGUCAGCCUGUCACCGAUCCAGCCCCACAAUGCACUGCUCCGGCCCGACCCCACAGACUACUGUGACCUGGACCGCAAGAUUCUACAGCUGUGUGGUGAGCUGUAUGACCUUGAUGCAACUACUCUUCAGCUCAAAGUAAUCAAUUAUUUGCAGCAGCAGACCCAGUCUCAGUGCUGCUGUCUUCUUCUGGUGUCUGAAGACAACCACCAGCUCUUCUGUCAGGUGGUUGGAGACAAAGUUCUGGAGGAGGAGAUCAGCUUCCCUCUGAUGUUUGGGCGCUUUGGGCAGGUAGUGGAGAAGAAGAGAUCCAUCACUCUUCAGGACGUCACUGCGGAGGAGCGUAGACAGCUAUCCAGUAUGCUGGGCAGUGAGGUGUCCUCUCUGCUAUGUGUCCCUGUGGUCAGCAGAGCCACUGGCCAGGUGGUGGCACUAGCCUGCGCCUUCAACAAACAGGGAGGACAGAGACACACGGACGUGGAUGAACAUACGAUCCAGCACUGCUUCUGUUACACCUCCACUGUCCUCACCUCCACACUAGCCUUCCAGAAGGAACAGAAACUCAAAGUGGAGUGUCAGGCACUGUUACAGGUGGCCAAGAAUCUCUUCACACAUCUGGAUGAUGUUUCAGUGUUGUUGCAGGAGAUUAUUGUGGAGGCCAGGAACCUCAGUGAUGCAGAGAUUUGCUCUGUGUUCCUACUGGAUCAAGUCAGCCAUGAGCUGGUUGCCAAGGUGUUUGAUGGGGGCGUGGUCAGUGAUGAUGAGAAGGAGUUCCGUAUCCCUGCAGACCAGGGCAUAGCGGGUCACGUAGCUAUGACUGGGCAGAUCCUGAAUAUUAAGGAUGCGUACUCCCACCCUCUGUUCUACCGAGGAGUGGACGACAGCACUGGGUUUAGAACACGCAACAUCCUCUGCUUCCCCAUCAAGGACGAGAACAACGAGGUUAUUGGGGUGGCUGAGUUGGUCAAUAAGACUAAUGGACCGUGGUUUAACCGCUUCGAUGAGGACCUGGCCACUGCUUUCUCCAUCUACUGUGGAAUCAGCAUCGCACACUCUCUUCUGUAUAAGAAGGUCCAUGAGGCUCAGUUCAGAUCCCACCUGGCCAACGAGAUGAUGAUGUACCACAUGAAGGUGUCAGCAGAGGAGGUGGCCCAGCUGUUGGUAACUGGGCUGGAGCCCGUGGAAGAGAUUCAUCCCUUAUUCGCUGAGUUCACCUACACACCCCGUUCACUACCUGACGACAACACACCCAUGGGCAUCCUGAGUAUGUUUGAGGACAUGGGCUUCAUCAACGCCUAUAAGAUUGACCUGCACACUCUGGCCAGGUUCUGUCUGAUGGUAAAGAAGGGUUACAGAGAUCCUCCCUAUCACAACUGGACACAUGCCUUCUCGGUCUCUCACUUCUGUUAUCUCCUCUACAAGAACCUGGGCCUGGCCAACUACCUGGAGAAUAUAGAGAUCUUUGCUCUCUUUGUCUCCUGUAUGUGCCAUGACCUGGACCACCGUGGGACUAACAACUCCUUUCAAGUGGCCUCACAAUCUGUCCUGGCUGCCCUCUACAGCUCAGAGGGCUCUGUGAUGGAGUCCCACCACUUUGCCCAAGCCAUAGCCAUUCUGAACACCCACGGCUGCAACAUCUUCGACAAGUUCUCCAGAAAGGACUACCAGAGGAUGUUGGACUUGAUGAGGGAUAUUAUCCUGGCCACUGACCUGGCUCACCACCUCCGCAUCUUCCCCGACCUGCAAAGGAUGGCUGACGCUGGCUACAAUCCCAGGAAUCAGACCCACCGUUCUCUGCUGCUGUGCCUGCUGAUGACCUCAUGCGACCUGUCGGACCAGACCAAGGGCUGGAAGACCACCCGCAAGAUUGCUGAGCUGAUCUAUAAAGAGUUCUUCUCCCAGGGGGAUCUGGAGAAGGCGAUGGGGAAUCGUCCCAGUGAGAUGAUGGACAGAGAGAAGGCCUACAUCCCAGAGCUACAGAUCAGCUUCAUGGAACACAUCGCCAUGCCCAUCUACAAGCUGCUGUCAGAGCUGUUACCAGGGGCAACCGAGCUGUAUGAGCGUGUAGCGACCAAUCGAGUACAGUGGACCAAAGUCUCCCACAAGUUCAGCGUCCGUGGGUUGCCUAGCAACAAUAGCCUCGACUUCCUGGAUGAAGAGUAUGAAUUGCUGCAAUCCCAGGGUGCACUUGGGGAUGACAGCCACUGCGAUGACACCCAUUGCCUCAACGGUUGCCUGGAUGAGGGAGACGGGGGGAGGGGCCUGUAACCAUACCGACCAAUGGGAGUGGAGAAAGCAGUAUCUCUAGGCUAAUAGAAACCUAAGGAAACUAUUCCCUUUUUACAUCCUCAAGCGGAGAAGGUGGGACUCUGAGACAGUUUGACAUUUGACUGACAGCUGUCAAUCUCUAAGGUCUGAGCAAAACAGAUGGAGUGAACCGCAGGAGGGCCGAUUCAGAUGAGUCAUUUCAAAGGAGUCGAUUCAGACUAGUCGAUUCAGACGAUUCCUGUAGAUGCUAAAUGUGACUGAACUCCUGUGAGGAAAGCAGAGAGUCGCGUUGACUCUGGAAAUGAUCAUUUUCAUAACGAGGUCUCCGUUCAUAUUCUUCUGAGUUUCUGUUUCACACACAGGCUCACAGACACCUAAUAGGUCAAUACCUGUGUAAUAACACACAGGUAAAGAGCUCCUUUCCUAGUUAACAGAAAGCUGUGUAGUACGGAGGACACUUCUGGAAUCUGUUGGUUUAUGUUGUUUUAAGAUCAUCAGAAUCCCUCCCAUCAGCCCACACACACCCUGAUGAGCUGCUAUGUCACUCAUAUGACUGCUUAUGUAUACUGUAUGUAGCCUACACCUUGUGUGUUACACCCUUUAUCUCAGCCAGUAUUGGAUGUAUUUUUCAUGUCUUAGGCAUCAUGUAAGUCUCUAGUUUGCCAGAUAUUAUAUUUGUUAUUAUAUAUGGAGCCCAUUGGUGGCCCUGCGAUGCCCAGUGGUCAUUGAGGGAAACUGUAUCUGCCUCGUGUCUGCCUUGUGAGUGGGACUUCCCUCUUUUGGAAAUGGGGACAGUUUGACAGUCAAUGAUCACUGGUCAGUCUUCUAUCCCCGGAGUGCGCACGCACGCGCGCACACACACAUACACACACACACAGACAUACACACAGACAC